AUGAACCAAAUGGCUUCAUCGCUCGGAAUCUCAAGACAAUCGGUUCAAUCCAUUGUGAAAAAGGACUUGGGUCUGAACAGUUAUCGGCUCCUUCGUGGCCAAUACCUCACAGAACAGUCCAAGAAGAAUCGGCUCGAAAAAGCGAAAAAGUUGCUCGACGCACUCAAGGUGCGCCGCCUCUCUGAAGUCAUUUGGACUGAUGAGAAAAUUUUUACGGUUGAGCCGCUUCCGAACCGACAGAAUGCUCGGCAAUUGUUGUCAAAGGACGAAGCAAAGUCCCCAAAACGUCGUCUGGCCUACAAGAGACUUUUUCCAAAGUCAGUGAUGGUGUGGGCUGGAUUGACGUCGGAAGCUCCUGAUAUAGUCAACAAAGUCAUUGGCAUACUUGAGACUUGGGGAGCUGGUCGACACAGGAUUAGCAGGUCUAAGUCAUUCGAACAAAGUGGUCGGGACUUGCUGAGGACGAUCACAUUUGACGCAUCUGAACGAGGACAAGAAAGCUAUAAGACAGCGGUCGUAGCACGUCAGAUAUCAGUUGCACCCGAGCUUGCAGCUCACCUCCGAACAAUUUGGAUUGUUCAAACCACCACCGAGGUGUUAGAUCACAAAGACGCGACGUUAACGACAUUACGAGACGUAUUCAGCAAAAUCAUGGACCCCGUAGAUGUCACACCUUCGAACGCUCGCCAAGACGAUACGAGAAAAGACACUAACGACGUGACGCAGAACAGAACUACAAGAGGCGAGUGGACGCCGAAGAUGUAG